AAAGGGGGAGAAAUAAGUACAGGAGUCGAUUUUUUUCGUCUAAAAUCUCUUGCAGGCGGUGCCCCUGUAUGGCCACAGUUCAGAGACUCAGAUAAGAAAAGAUAAAGUUAUAGAAGGCUGACAGGAAAUUAAGACGACGCAGUCGUGUGAAGAUAGGAAGUAUGAUCGACUUGUCAAUUCGUAGAAUUACUUUCAGUUUAUUUUUCGCGGAAUUACAUUCAAGUUUUUCACGGAAUUACUUUCAGUUGUUCCCGUAAUUUCUAUCAUUCUCGGCCUCGGAAUAUAAACUCAUUUACAGUUGCUAACUUCAAGUACAUAUUUCUCCAACAGUCAACGUUACAAGAACUGGUUUUUAAUUAAUUCUGCUUGUGCAUAUAAAUUAGUAACAUUGUUUUUUUACCCGGCUUCACAGAUUCAGUAUUCUAAAAAAAAAGUAUAAUAAGUCAUGGCUGCUCACUUCCAAUUAGCAGCUUCAAUACUUACUAAUCAAGAGAUUUUAGACUUACUGUGUAUUCUAUCCAAUGAUGAAGAGCUUUUGUUACUAUCAAUGAAAGCAUGAAGGGUGCUGCAUUAACUGGAAUCACAGCACUUGUUGGAGGUCUGUUCUUUGGACCCCCUGGACUUGCUAUUGGUGGUGCAGUUGGUGGAUUAGCAGCAUCAGGAAUGGCCAAGAAUUUUAAACCUGUUUCUCAGAUCAUUUGUGAAAUGUCAGAAGAAAAAAAGGAGUUAUUAUGCUCAAAAGUUAAAUAUGCGUUAGUGAAUGCAGCUAUUCCAUAUGGUCCCAAUCUCUUACGUUAUGUGCAGUCCCAUCCAUGUGUCUCUGAGGAACUGAUAAACAUCAUGAGAACAUUUGUUACCAGUGAACUUGGUAUGAAUUUAAAAGCAUGACACAUCGAUGUUACAAAAUCUUGGUUCAUUUUUUUUUAAAAGAUUUUGAAUUUUUUUUUUUUUUGCUAUAUGAGUCAGUCUUCUCCAUAAUUAUCAUCUCUGAGCACCGUUUCACAUAUCUUCACUCUCUGCUCUACCUUGGGGUGGGGUGUCCUGACAAAUAUCCACCACCAACUCUCUCAUGCUCCCUAUCUCUGUCUUUCUCUCUCAGUCUCUCUUUCUCUCCUUUCUUCUUCCUCCAACUGGGAUAUCCUUGUAUCCCUUCUCCAGCAAGCUAGCUCUCUCUCUGUCCCUCUCUUAUUCUUUUAGCCUCUCAUCAACUGAUACUAAGCCAGCCCCUUCAAUACUAUUCUCAUUUUCUAGUCGAGGGGUCUUUGUCUGGCAAGUUAUAUUGUGAUCUCAAUGGUGCUGGUGCCACAUAAAAAGCACCCAGUACACUCUGUAGACUGAUUGGCAUUAGGAAGGACAUCCAGCUGUGGAAAUCAUAUCAAAACAGACAAUAGAGUUUGGCGCAGCCCUCUGCCUUACCAGUUCUGAUCAAACCGUCCAACUCAUGCCAACAUAGAAAAUGGAUGUUCAGUAAAAGAGACCGGCAGUAUAAAUACUAGGCUUACUAAGAAUAAGUCCUGGGGUCGAUUUGUUUGACUAAAGGUGGUGCU